CGCGCGGCAUACAAGGGUUGCGUUGCUUGCUACUACUAUACGGAGGUGACGAUGCCGUGAAUCACGACGCUGAUGGACGAAGUGUUUAUACGGAAAAGCUAAUGUAAACUAGUUAAGAGCGAGCUGGAAAAGAAGCAGAAGGUAACUUCGUCCCCUCGAUGUGUGCGCGCAUAUGCAUGUGUGCAGUGUGCAGUCGGCAGGCGACGCCUCUAACUUUGCUCUUUUCCCCGCGAUCGGGAAACGAAAAUACGCGCUGAUAAUGGCUUUUUGUUCGGCCGCUGUUACGCAAUCUUAGUCUGUUGAUUUUCUUCGCAGCCUUAUCUUUUUUUUCGCGUUGCGUGAAUCCUUAACCGAGACUCGCCGAUAAAUAUUUAUUCCUUUGUUCUGCGACUCUGUUGCGGUAAGUAGGUAAUUUAUACGGCUGUCUUUACAAAGUACUAUUCAUGCGCAGAUCAAAAUCACUUUGUUUCUACUGUUAACGCACGUGUCGUUCAGUCUGAACAGACUGAUUUUCAUAUUUUCCUUUUUCAAGCAGCUUUCGCAUGUUUCUCAAACCCAGAGUCGUUCGCACUUUCGUUGCAGAUUUCACGCAAAAAAACGGGUUACCGUAACCUCAAAAAUGUUAUGUCGCAGUACUGGUACGCAGAGGCGACAUCCUUUUAAAGGAAAGGGUGCUAAUGGAGUACUAUUAAAAGAGGAUAUUUAAAAAGCCGGUAAUUUUCUUCAAAAAGAGCAAAAGAAUUGCAAUAACGGUUCGAGUAUGCACAUCGGGGUCUUGAGUGAGUCCAUUUCGAGAUCAUUGACUGAUAUAAUUGUACUCGGGGUCGUCGUUUCGAUUCGUUUUAAAAUGGAUAGACUUUUUUCGGCCGGAAAAUCGAUGAAUCUCCUCCACGAACACGCUCUCGGCUGCUGCUGCUAUUGUAUACCAGCUGAAUUCCAUGCAGGAGAUGCGCGCGGAGGCGGAGGAAGUGCAGCAGCUAGCAACGGCCAAAAAGGAAGAACGCAAAGCGCGCGCAUUCGGAAUGCCGAUGCGCACUUCUCUUUGCGACGAGGAGUAUUAUACGCUGGAGAUGCGGCUCUCGCGGCGUCGGCGGCGGCUUUGCAGCGACAGACUCGAUACCCCGGCGCGCAAAAAAGAAGAUACACAACAGAGAGCGCGCGAGAGAGAAAGAGAAAAUACGAAGGGAAGUGGAUAAGAAGCUUGGAGUGCAAAGUACAGACGAGCGCUGAGUGCGCCUGAGAGAUGAAUCGAAGUAAGAAUUGCAGAGGCGUGCGGCAGGCACUUUGCGCCGCGCGCGUUUCCCUUGAAACUGUGUUUGAGAGCCAGCUCGUGAUUUCUUAGUCGGGAAAAUUCGCCGCGAUGCGCUGUUGUACACUGCAGCUGAAGACAAGAUGAUAUCGGAGAACAAUAAAUUGGCCGCGCAUCCGAAAAA